UUACGCUUGAGGCUUGAGCAGCGCUCAAAGGUGCCAAGAAUUCUCUCUCUAUCUGUUUAGAGAGAAUAUAGCUAGAGAAGAUAAAGAAAGGUAGCAAGAAGUGGAUAUAUAGAAAGGACAGGUCUGGCCGGGUUAAGAGCCAUAGCGGUUCGCCUUGGUGGAGGAGGAGGAGGAGGAGGUGGCGACGGUGGGAAUAGGAGACGAAUGCCAAGGAAGAAAAUAAAGUUGAUGGAUUUGUGGAACAAUAUGCUUUUCCCAGUCAAGCGUGUUUGGCUUGCUGUUUCUGUUCGCGUAAAGGCUCGCAAAAAUGGUGCUGGGCUUUUGAAGCUUCACGAUGAUGUACAAACCUGUGGAUAUCAGGACGUUCAGGUGAUGUGGGAAAUGCUGAAUCGAUCAGAAUCGUAUCUGAUGGAACACCAUCCCAAGCGCAAGCAACGGGCCUUCUGGAGGGUUUUUCUGUGGUCUAACCAGAAUGCGCCAUCAUCCUUAUCUGCAGAUCAUGCUUAAAACAAUAUGAUAAAAUAAUAAUACGGUGCUUAUGUCCAGCAACGUAACAUCGGAUCGUCUUUUUACGAUCAAAUCGCCGACACUGCUGUGGCAUGGUACAUAGUUAUUGCAAGGGUACCAAAUCAGUAUAUUAUGACAAAGUGGUGUGUAAAUAUAAUAAUAUUUUGUUGAAUCCACAAUCAACUCAUUCUGAAA